AUGUCAUUACUGUCUUUAGAACCAGUCGGCCGCGUAUCGCCUAAAUUUGCAUCUGUUGUUAUGGGUACGAUGAUUGGAGUGAAGAAACAUUACUCAUUUGCUUUGCAAUGCCCCGCUCAAGCAUUUCCAGUCCCAAUUUUCAGCCAGUGGGUCGCGUUUCGCCUAAAUUUACCACUACCGAUAAAAGCCGCGCCUUCGACGCUAAGGAAAGCGAAAAUGUCACAAUUUUGUGUCCCGCGCAAGCUUUUCCUGCCCCAGCUUUCAGAACCAAUUAAUAGUGCCCCACCAAAAGUUCCAACUAAAACCAUAGAAUUUGUGGAAUUUGCUAUGAACUCCAGCAUUACAUUGCUUUGUUUGGCUCAAGCGUAUCCAGUCCCAGUAUUUCGAACCUAUUGGCUCCAAAAGCCCUUCAUUUUCAAGUGGUUCCAAACUAGCCUGAGCCAGUAUCAGCCAGAGCACCCACAUUCCCCACUUCUGCGUCCUCUUACAAUUAUGAUAUUGAGGCAGGCUCUGGGGGUUCUGUUCUAUGUCAGGCACAGGGAUACCCUCAGCCAAUGUUCAGAGCCUAUUGCCAGCGCAGCACCAAGUAUAACUUCAACACAAAAAGCUGCUGUUCAUUUCUCCCAUAAUACUUCAUUAGCUCUCUUGUGUCCAGCGCAAGGAUUUCCUGUACCAGUAUCAAGAUGGUACAAAUUUAUCGAUGGCUCAGCUCGAAAACAACCAGUUGUUCUGAAUGACAGAGUAAAGCAAGUGUCAGGAACCCUUAUCAUUAAAGAAGCUAAAGUAGAGGAUUCCGGCAAAUAUUUGUGCGUUGUAAACAAUUCCGUUGGAGGUGAAUCCGUUGAAACUGUAUUGACUGUGACUGCUCCAUUGAAAGCUACUGUCGAACCCGCGACCCAAACCGUGGACUUUGGACGCCCAGCCGUAUUCACCUGCAGAUACGAAGGCAAUCCCGUCAAAACUAUCACUUGGUUGAAAGAUGGAAAGGACAUGAACCAUCAUGACCCCAUUCUUAGGAUUGAAUCGGUAAAGAAGGAAGACAAGGGAAUGUACCAAUGCUUUAUCAGAAAUGAUCAGGAGAGUGCCGGUGCUAGCGCUGAAUUGAAACUUGGAGGACGAUUCGAACCACCUCAAAUCCGUCACAGUUUUGGCGAGCAAACUCUCCGCUCGGGCCCCUCUCUCCGUCUCAAAUGCGUCGCGUCCGGCAACCCCACCCCCGACAUCGCCUGGCAACUCGACGGAGAGAAACUCAACAGCGGAGAGAGAUUACAGAUUGGACAAUUUGUUACUGCCGACGGAAACGUAGAAUCUCAUCUGAAUAUCUCGUCCGUACACACUAAUGAUGGAGGAUUAUACUCUUGCAUCGCUUCUAGCAAGGUUGGAAGCGCGUCUCACUCUGCCCGCGUCAACGUGUACGGCUUGCCCUACGUCCGCCCCAUGAAGAAACGCCCCGUCGUCGCCGGAGACACCCUCAUCGCCCACUGCCCUGUCGCCGGAUAUCCUAUUGAUUCUAUCGUGUGGGAACGUGAUGGACGCGUCCUCCCAAUCAACCGCAAGCAGAAGGUAUUCCCCAAUGGCACGCUUGUGAUCGAGAACGUAGAGCGCAUGAGCGACCAGGCCACGUACACGUGCGUCGCGAAGAACUCGCAGGGCUACAGCGCGCGCGGCACACUCGAACUGCAAGUCAUGGUACCUCCCCAAAUUUUACCCUUCGAGUUCGGUGAUGAACCCGCUAACGCUGGCGAUACGGCUUCGGUUCAAUGCGUUAUGAAUAAAGGCGAUUUACCAGCUAAUUUUUCAUGGAGCUUAAACGGCAGGAAAAUUUCGCAAAAAAGCAAUACCUUGGGUAUAGUUAUUGGUAGCAUGAGCCAGAAGAUGUCUAUUCUCAACAUAGAUUCUGUGAAUGGAACUCAUCGAGGAGUAUACGUGUGUCAUGUUGAAAAUUUAGCAGGAAAUGUCAACCAUAGUUCGAAGCUGGAAGUUAAUGUUUUACCCCAAAUCCACCCCUUCACGUUCGGUGACGAGCCAGCCAAUGCAGGUGAUACUGUCGGAAUUCAAUGUAUGGUUACGCCGUUUGAUUUUGGAGAAGAAAUAUUGAAUGCAGGCGACACUGUCUCACUCACUUGUACAGUAGGAAAAGGCGAUCUACCUUUAAAAAUAUAUUGGCAACUGAACAAUCAACCGUUAAAUACUGUUGCCCCACAAAUUAUGCCUUUCGAUUUCGGUUCUGAUCCUGUGAAUGAUCAAGAAAUGGUUGUGGUAAUUUGCACUGCUAGUAAAGGCGACUUACCACUAAACAUACAAUGGUACUUUAAUGGAACACCUCUCAAAUCAAACGUCAAUGGUGUCUUACUUACAAACGCAAAAAGGACAAGUCAGCUUAGUAUUGAAUCCGUUUCGCAUCACAACCAGGGCAAUUAUACGUGUGCUGUCAAAAAUCAGGCAGGAACUGUAAACCACACUGCGGAAUUAUUUGUAAAUGUCCCUCCACAAAUCAUGCCCUUCGAAUUUGGUGAAGAGCCGGUAAACGCACAAGAAAUGGUUUUGGUCACAUGUACAGUAAUGAAAGGCGAUCAACCUUUAAAAAUUGAAUGGUAUUUUAAUGAAAAAAAAGUUGUACCCGGAGACCAAGGAAUAUCUCUUAUGAGUAGUAAACGUGCAAGUCAACUGAGCAUCGAAUCAGUUAGUCAUCAAAAUCAGGGAAAUUUUAGUUGUGUUGUAUCUAAUCAAGCAGGCUCCAUGAAUCACACAGCCCAACUUUUUGUAAAUGUGGCGCCAAUUAUAACGCCUUUUGAAUUCGACGAAUCUGUAUUUUACGGCGAGGGUGUUCAAGUUAUGUGUCACGUACCAAAAGGCGAUAAACCAUUAAGCUUCAAAUGGAGUUUCAGUGGAGGCGAUGUGAGUUUGCUCUCUGGGGUGACGAUAAUGAAUGUAGGGGACAUGGGUUCAGCUCUCAUUAUACCUACCGUAACAGCAAAACAUUCUGGCAACUAUACAUGCACUGCAUCUAAUAUUGUCGCCAAGGCUAGCCACCAUGCAACGCUCAAUGUGAAGGUUGCGCCUAUAAUAUCUCCGUUUGAAUUCGAUGAGGCUGUCUUUUAUGGAGAAAGUAUACAAGUUAUGUGUCAUAUACCAAAGGGAGAUAUGCCUAUUAAACUUACGUGGCUCUUUCGUGAUAGGCCUCUAGAAAAAAACGAUGCCGUUAUCGUAACUAAAAUGGGCGAUAGGAGUUCUAUUUUAGCUAUUCCGUCUGUAUCGGAGAAACAUACCGGCAAUUACACCUGCACUGCUUCUAAUGUGGUAGCAAGCACAAAUCACUCAGCUAAAUUAAACGUUCAGGUUCCCCCACACAUCGUUCCAUUUGAGGCUGAAGAGCCUGUUUUCGCCGGUGAAUCAGUUCAAUUGACGUGUCAUGUUUCUAAAGGCGACACGCCUCUUACUAUUUCUUGGAGUUUUCACGGAAAAGAAUUAUCGUCUCACGAAGGAAUUAUGACGACGAAAAUUGGUCAACGAACGUCACUUCUUACAAUUCCUACUGCUACGGCUAGUCACAGCGGCGAAUAUUCGUGUCACGCUCAAAACCAAGCUGGUCUAGCCGUACACGCUACUACAGUCAAUGUCCACGUAUUGCCAUACAUCGUACCAUUUGAAGCGGAUGAGUCUGUAUUUGCUGGUGAAACAGUUCAGCUAAACUGUUUCGUACCGAAAGGUGAUCUACCUCUAGACAUCAAGUGGCAUUUUCAUGGGUUCGAAAAUACAUCAUCACAUCUGGGCAUUAUGACUACUAAAAUGACGUCGCGUACCUCUUUUCUAUCUAUUGCCGCGGCUAGCGCCGGCCAUAGUGGCAAUUAUACCUGCGUAGCUACCAACAGUGCCGGUUCUACUAAUCAUACCACUGUCCUUAAUGUUCAUGUCAUACCAAAUAUAUUGCCGUUUGACGUCGACCAAGCCUUGUUUUCGGGGGAAUCGGUACAGAUGAUGUGCCAUAUAUCAAAAGGAGAUAUUCCAUUAGAAGUUUAUUGGGAAUUUAAUGGACAUACAUUGUCACGUGAGCUAGGAACUUUUUCGAAAGUUGGAGAACGUUCGUCUGUUUUGAUGCUUCCAUCCGUCACCGGUGCCCAUAGCGGAAACUAUACAUGCAUCGCAAAAAAUCGCGCCGGUGUUGCGUCGUAUUCUACUAUACUUAAAAUAACUGGUACACAAAGU